CGGCCCAGAACGCAUCUUUAGACGAACAUAGAUCGCGCUGCAAAUAAGUACUCGAGUUUUCAAGCGGGAAUAGUUUUUACUAGCAUUCUUUCUAUCACGCUGUGGUUUCCCUUUUCCUUUGUCUCGAAUUGUGAAUCUCAUAAUGGAAUCACAGCUCAUAGUCACCUGUCCUUACAACCCUGCACAUCGCAUUCGUAGAUGCAAACUCAACGAUCAUGUGGUAAAGUGCAGGAAAAGCUCUGUAGCUUCUGUAGUGACGAAUAAGGCAACCUGUCCACUAGACAGUACUCAUAUAGUUGAUAAGGAUCGUCUCAAGGAACACAUCGCAACCUGUUCCGAGGGUCUCAGGAAAUUAGUGCAGGAUGUGGAUAUUGAAGGCAGCCAAGGAGCAACCUCAUCCACAGUGACCGCAGAUCACCGAGACUCGCACUUUCCUAGCGAGGAUUGGAACAAGGACCCGGAAGUACCGACAUACGAUGCGAUGGCAAAAUCAGCAGAGUACAAAGUAAUACGCUGUGUGUCCGGAUUGUCUAAGUCGGAGAAGAGAAAAUUCCGAGAGAGUGAACGAAAGCGCAUGGCAAAUCUCAACAACAUUGGUACAGCAGCGACACCAUUUCUACCUUCUUUGCAAGAUGCCCAAUCUUUCCCGCGCAAUGCUGCCGCAUUUUCCAAGAAAGGAGACACGGAACGCAAUAAAGCCGCGAAAGCGCCAGAUUGCGAUACGAGUGUACUUAACAAGUCUGCUGAGUCCACGAGGCUGUUCCACGAGUUCCAGAAGACACUGUACGAUGAAUUAGUUUCCGAGUGCGACAGUACCAGUGUGGACUUGAAUCACUCUCUAUAUAGGUCUGAUGCGGAUGCGUCCAUGAAAAAUAGUUCCCGCCGCUUUGGUAAUGAGAGUCUUUUAACGUUGAUGCAAGAUCAAAAGGUGGAACUUAAAAAGGGCGAAGUAGAAGAUGCAAGUUGGGGAAUGUUCCAUUCCGAUAAUGCAAUAAAGGGAGAAAGCAACUGUGACGAAAGUGCUUCUGGUACAGCAGUUUCGCAGACUCGAGAUGUCGAUAAGCUUUCAGCUUUCUUAAAAAAUAAUUUAGAUUUCGCAAAGAUGGGAUCUGCCGCAAACACGAAAAAGAUGAAUAAAGGAGACGACAACUUAACGUGGGAGGAGGUAUUUACCACGUUCAAUGAAAGAUUGACUUUUUUAACGGACAUUCAAAGUACUGCGGCCGAAGAAAGUGCACGAUUACUUAAACAACUGAAAGAUCUGAAACUGCAUCAAGAAACUGGUCCGAAAAAAUAAUUUUCUGCUUUACCAAUUACUGACAUCUUGCAUUUUGUUGGCUACUUUGAUAAGAAAACUACGUACAUAAAUGAGAGAGUAUAAGAAAAUAUUAAUUAAUACAUUAUAUUUUUUUUGAAAGUAGACGAUAUUUCUACUCCUAAAUAUGUCUAUAGGAUUAAAUACAGUACUAGUCUACAAUA